AACCAAAAUAUGUUUUCAGCUUAUGACAUUCAGUUUUACUAUUUCAUUCUGCCAAUUCGAUUAAAAAAACUCGAGGGGAAAAGAAAUUCGAAAUGGGAAGAGAUAGAAGAGAAAAAGAACUGCAAGAUUUUGAAACGAUUUGUGUGAAACAAAGAUUGGAGUAAAAAUCGGUGUUCGGGAACAGAACGAUAGAGAGAUAUGGAUGAUCCCACGAUUUUGUCAAACACGACUGUCAUGGAAGCAUGGUCGACUACUAGACAACCUAUUACCGAGAAUGAUAUAACUUCGAAUAGUUUUGUACAAUUAACCUUUUACAUAUUUUAUGCAAAUAUUUUUGCGUUGGGUGUGUUUGGUAACAUGUUAGUAUGUUUCGUCGUGGCACGAAAUCGGCAAAUGCAGACAGUUACGAAUCUGUUUAUUACAAAUCUGGCAUUAAGCGACGUGUUACUUUGUGUUUUGGCGGUUCCAUUUACUCCUUUAUAUACGUUUCUCGGAGGAUGGAUAUUCGGAAGGAUCCUUUGCCACUUGGUGCCGUAUGCACAAGGUGUCAGCAUAUAUAUCAGCACGUUGACUUUGACGAGCAUUGCCAUCGAUAGAUUUAUGGUAAUCAUAUACCCGUUUCAUCCUCGUAUGAAGAUCAAAGUUUGUUUAGCCGUAAUCAUUAGUAUUUGGAUAAUCGCAUUGCUAGUAACCUUACCAUACGGGCUUUAUAUGUACCUCGAGGAGCCACAUAUUUAUUGCGAGGAACAUUGGCCGGAUGAACGAUUUCGCAAAAUCUUUAGUUCUAUUACUUCGAUACUACAAUUUGUCUUACCCUUUUUCGUCAUCGCUUUUUGUUAUACUUGCAUCUCAAUCAAGUUGAACAAUCAAGCUAGAAUGAAACCUGGCAUCAAAACUAAUGAAAGGGAAGAGGUUGACAGAGAGAGGAAAAAACGAACGAAUCGGAUGUUGAUUGCCAUGGUCACUGUAUUCGGCGUAUCUUGGCUACCGCUCAAUAUCAUUAACGUUAUUGACGAUUUUUCUUCGCAAGCCAAUGAUUGGACCUAUUACAGACUCUGCUUUUUCAUGACACAUUGUCUUGCUAUGAGUAGCACCUGCUACAAUCCUUUCCUUUACGCUUGGCUCAACGAUAACUUUCGCAAAGAAUUUAAGCAAGUACUCCCAUGUUUUUCGAAAACGAUCAACAAUUGCACUACAAAAACUAGCGGAGGAUUUCGAAAUAAUAAAGAAUGUAAUGGAAAUAAUACCCUUCAGGAAUUAUUAUUACAAAAUGAAACGCAAAUAAGGACAUCAAAUCCUGAAGGUUACGAACUAAUCGUCCUUAAAGCAGCCAUCAACAAUAUGUCAAAAGACUUCGAAGAAACGGAAGAUUUCUAAUUCGAUCAAGUUCAAGUGCAAAUCGAUGAUUGGCCGCCAAAAUCCAUGCUCAACUUAAAUAAAGUUUAAAUACAUAGAAAUUAAAUCGUGGACAAUCGGCUAAUAAUGUAUAGAUAUCAAGAGUACAUCGUCAAAAUGAG